GACAGCACAUGUCCCCCCGUUUCGCUCCCCCCCUUCAGCCAGGCCUCUUCCUGCCCCUUCCCUCUCCCUCCAUCCCUGUCUCUUAAUUCCCUCCCUCUCCCCGCCCUGCCUGACCGGGCGGAGCGCGCCCUCGCUGCCCCUCCCCUUCCCCGGUCGGUCCCGCCCCCUGCUGCCCGGAGAGGCCGCUCCGCUGCCGCCGCCGGGAGCGCCCCACGGAGCCGUCUCACGGAGUUGGAGCUGCUCGUCUCCCGGCCCGGCCCUCCCGCCGCCCCGGGACUGGGGGACCUGCCCCAGCCGACCCGGCAGGAGGCGGAGGGGCUCGGCGGCCCCUGAGGUAGAAGUGUCUUGACAACCAAGCAAGAAGGUGGAUUAUUUUUAAAACAAUGCUUAGGCAUCUGUAGAGAUGAUUUGUGGUUCAGUCCAGCUGGAGCUGACUGAAUGAAGCUAUGGGCUGUGCAUCAGCCAAGCAUGUUUCUACUGUUCAAAAUGAAGAGGAAGCUCAGAAGGGGAAGAACUACCAGAAUGGAGAUGUAUUUGGUGAUGAGUAUAGGAUCAAACCAGUGGAAGAGGUCAAAUACAUGAAAAAUGAGGGAGAAGAUGAUCAGAAAAUAGCUGCCAGGAACCAGGAAAAUUUGGAAAAAAGUGCCAGUUCAAAUGUAAGACUUAAAUCUAACAAAGAGGUCCCAGGAUUAGUACAUCAACCCAGAGCAAACAUGCACAUCUCUGAAAGCCAACAGGAAUUCUUCAGAAUGCUAGAUGAGAAAAUUGAAAAGGGUCGUGAUUAUUGUUCAGAAGAGGAGGAUAUCACAUAGUGCCAAUUCUGCCAAUCAAAACAGGAAUACUACUGUGUAAAUAGAUUACAACCCGGUCAAAAUCUUUUGGAAGUCUUCUAGAGUGAGCAGCACUACAUAGCAAAAGAAGAUCAUUUCCACAUUGUAUGCUCCAUUCAGUUACAGCGUUUCUUAAAAAAAAACAGACAAGGAAUAUUGCUAAGAACUCAUAUGGAACUGUGUUUGUUGCUGCUAGUUAAAACUUGUUGCAACUUUUCACUUUUCUGUGUCCAGGUAUGCAGGAAAUCUUUACAUUUAAUCUGAAAGACACUGUUGAUUUUACUAAGGUUGCUGGCCUAUUUUCUAUCGGAUGAGGUAGUGUUAUACAAAACUUCCAUAACUGAACAGUCAAGCUUCUAAGAAAUCCUCGAGCUGUUUGUCAGUCCACAGAUGGGCUGGAGUGCUUAGUAUUACUGGUGAUUUCAGCCUUUGGAGAUGGGAUGUGUUUGCCAUAACAGGCCUUGUUUCUCUACUGGGAAGAAGUUGAGAAAUUAUUGUCCGUUAAAAGCAUGUUAUCACACAAAUACUGGAAGUGAUGCAGGAGCAGAAAUUUGUAUUUUAAAGGGAAAAAUUUUCAUUUAAUAGGUAUCUUAAUCAAGGACUAAGCUUACCGUAUUGGCUUUUCUGAACGCGAAUGGAAGUGUGAUCACAAUCAUUUGAAUCCCUUUUUUCUAAGAAAAUAAACAUUUACUGUUUUUAUGUA